CGGGACAUGUAGACACGUUACUUCCGGUUGAAUUACACUUGUGUCAGGAAUAAUGGCAGCGUUUUCGGAAAUGGGUGUCAUGCCUGAAAUCGCUCAGGCCGUGGAGGAGAUGGACUGGCUGCUGCCAACCGACAUCCAGGCAGAGUCUAUCCCUCUUAUUCUCGGUGGAGGAGAUGUACUCAUGGCAGCAGAAACUGGAAGUGGUAAAACUGGAGCCUUCAGUAUUCCAGUGAUUCAGAUUGUUUAUGAGACCCUAAAAGAUCAGCAGGAGGGAAAGAAGGGCAGAGCCUCCAUCAAGACCGGAGGAACCAUUUUCAACACCUGGCAGAUGAAUCCUUAUGACCGCAGUACAGCAUUUGCAAUUGGUCCAGAUGGACUAUGCUGCCAGAGCCGUGAGUUUAAAGAGUGGCAUGGCUGUCGCUCUACAAAAGGUGUCACUAAAGGGAAGUACUAUUAUGAGGUGGCCUGCCAUGACCAAGGACUGUGUCGUGUAGGUUGGUCCACUAGUCAGGCAGCCCUGGACUUAGGGACUGAUAAGUAUGGGUUUGGUUUUGGCGGAACAGGAAAGAAAUCACACAAUAAGCAGUUUGACAGCUAUGGAGAGGAAUUCACCAUGCAUGACACUAUUGGAUGCUACUUGGAUCUAGAUAAGGCUCAAAUUUCCUUCUCCAAAAAUGGUAACGACCUAGGUGUUGCUUUUGACAUCCCUCAGCAUCUGAAGAGCCAGGCCUUCUACGCCUCCUGUGUUCUCAAGAAUGCAGAGCUGAAGUUUAACUUUGGUGGAGAGGACUUCAAACAUACGCCUAAGAGUGGAUUUGUUGCUCUGGACCAAGCCCCAGAAGCAAAUAUAGUCAAGUCUUCUCAAACAGGCACUGCCAAAGUGAGCCAGGUGAAAACAUCCUCCAAUGCCCCCAAAGCCCUUAUCAUUGAGCCUUCAAAGGAAUUAGCAGAGCAAACCCUCAACAAUGUCAAGCAGUUUAAGAAAUAUGUGGAAAACCCUAAACUCAGGGAACUACUGGUGAUUGGUGGUAUCGCUGCCAAGGAACAGCUGGCAGCUCUAGAGCAGGGGAUUGAUAUUGUGGUGGGAACACCCGGCAGACUGGACGACCUCAUAUCCACCGGGAAGCUCAGUCUGUCCCAAGUCCGAUUUUUGGUCCUGGAUGAAUGUGAUGGCCUCCUGUCUGCAGGCUACACAGACUUCAUCAACAGGAUCCAUAACCAAAUCCCUCAGGUCACCUCUGAUGGCAAGAGACUUCAGGUGAUCGUGUGCUCAGCCACCCUACAUUCAUUCGAUGUGAAGAAGCUGUCCGAGCGCAUCAUGCACUUCCCCACAUGGGUGGAUUUGAAGGGAGAGGACUCCGUUCCUGAGACUGUCCACCAUGUUGUGGUGCCGGUCAACCCCAAAUCUGACCGUCUGUGGGAGCGCCUGGGAAAGAACCACAUCCGGACUGAUGAGGUACAUGCCAAAGAUAACACCAGACCAGGAACUAAUACUGCAGAAAUGUGGUCAGAGGCCAUCAAAGUGCUGAAGGGCGAGUAUGCCGUGAGGGCCAUUAAAGAACACAAGAUGGACCAGGCUAUAAUCUUCUGCCGCACCAAGAUAGACUGCGACAAUAUGGAACAAUACUUCAUGCAGCAAGGAGGCGGUCCAGACAGUAAAGGCCACCAGUUUUCCUGUGUUUGUCUCCAUGGUGACCGUAAACCCAAUGAGCGAAAAAACAACUUGGAGCGCUUUAAGAGGAAAGAAGUGCGGCUGUUGAUCUGCACAGAUGUAGCUGCCAGAGGAAUUGAUAUUCAUGGAGUUCCUUACGUGAUUAAUGUAACCUUGCCUGAUGAGAAGCAGAACUAUGUUCAUCGUAUUGGCAGAGUUGGAAGAGCAGAGAGAAUGGGACUGGCCAUCUCCUUGGUUGCUAUGGAAAAAGAGAAGGUGUGGUACCAUGUUUGCCAGAGCAGAGGCAGAGGUUGCUACAACACCAGGUUGAAGGAGGACGGAGGCUGCACCAUCUGGUACAACGAGAAAGAGCUCCUGUCAGAUAUCGAGGAGCAUCUAAAAUGCACCAUCACCCAGUGUGAGCCGGACAUCAAAGUGCCUGUCGAUGAGUUUGAUGGAAAGGUCACCUACGGUCAGCGCCGGGCUUUAGGAGGUGGGAACUAUAAGGGUCAUGUGGAUGUGCUGGCGCCAACAGUCCAGGAGCUCGCGAAUCUCGAAAGGGAAGCCCAAACUUCAUUCCUCCACCUGGGAUACAUGCCAAACCAACUUUUCAGAGCCUUCUGAGUGUACCGCAACAAGCCCUGUAGGCCGGCACAGAAGAAGAAUCUGUUUGUUUUCACACUUUGCAGCAGCAACAUACUAGGAAUGUGUGGAAGGAAGUAGUAGUGUACCAUUACAUUACAAAGUUUUCAUUUGCUUGCUUGUCAAACUCUGUAUGGAGGAUAAUCCUCUGAUAGCAAGUGCUUUUUUUUUUUUUUUUUUUUUUUGUUAAAUAUCUCCUAAAAGUUAUAGGUUUUGUGUUUGUAAGCAGAGUGUAUUUCAGCAUUCAGUAUGUGUUCCAUUGAUACACUCUGCCUUAGUACCAAGUACAUCAGUAGUGUUUUCAGUGUGGUGGACUUCUAUCUUCUCCAAGGUCAGAGGUUUUCACUGCAGUGCUUUCAAAAAACACACUUUUACUGAUCUGCCAACACAAGCAAGAAAUAUUUGGAUUUGUUUUAUUUUCAGAUUGUGACUGAAUGAGAUAUUUAAGUUUUCCAAUGAAUUAUGUGGGUAAAAGAAAUCAUUGAGUUGAGUUAAAUGUUUUUAUGUUUCAAGAAUAAACUACAGCUUCCCCAGUCUGAA